GGCAGGGCCCUUCAGACAGAGGAGAGUAUCCCUCGCCCCACUCCAAACUCUCGGAGGGAAGAGAGCCACCAGGACCCCCUCUUCAGAGUCUUCAGUGGGAGUUUUAAAAGUUGUUUCAAAGUGUCCAGAUAUUAUAGGGGCCCCCCCAGGCAGCUCCCGAGAUGCCCAGAGUGAGCUGCCACAGCAUAGGCCCUGGCCUUCUGCUGCCUCAGGCCUGGCUUGGCCGGGCCCAGGCAUCCAGGACCAAUUAGAGACCAUGGCUUCCUCUGGGAGAACUGUCCACCCUGGAAAGAACAGCGAAAAUCCCUCCUGGCUGGCUCUCUGGAGCCACAGGGAGUGGUGUCUUCCCGCUCUACCCUCCACCCCCCCGAAAUGUUUCUGUUUCUAAUCGUAGCCUGGGCAGGAAUGUGGCUGCACUGCCAGGGUCCAAGGAGCUAUUUUGGGGGCUCCUUUGCCUCCCCCAGGCUUUGGCCAGUGGGUCACCCUGAUCCUGGCUCCUGAGGGCCUCCCUUCCCAAUUCUCUCACCACCCCUUCCCCAUCUCCUGCCAAAAACAAGUCAGUGUAAAGCAGAGGGCCUGAGGGCUAAAUUUAAACCAUCCCGAAGCCUGCCUCCUCGGCUGAGCCACCCGCAAAGCUGCCCUGGCCUCCCGCCCCCCUUCCCAGGCCUCACCCCUUUUUCUCCCCUCCUCCCAACUCAAGAGCUUGGGAGGGGUGUUACCAAAUCACUGUGAACCUCAAUUGGUCCCCUCUGGGGAAUGGGCGGGCUCAUCUUUGGCGUCUGUCAUACCUGUAGCGUUCCUCUGUGCUUUGCCUUUUCAGUGGUGGGGUAGUUUGAGGGUAGAGAUUCUCCACCACCCCUCAUCUCACACUGAAGCGUUCCGAGGGGCCCUGGAAGGAGCAACUUGGGGGGGCCUGGCUUGUGAGGGGUUAAGGCUGGGAGGCUGGAGGGGGCCGGACCGAGGGGUGGGGAGAAGGGGAGGAGGCCUUAGCAGCCAGCAGAGAGAAGUGGCCAGAGAGGCCCAGGGGACAGCCAGGGACAGGCAGACAUGCAGCCAGGGCCCCAGGGCCUGCACAGGGCCCUCCAGGCCCCGUGACGGGAGGACCCCGAGCCCCUGGCCCGGGGAGGGGGCCAUGGUGCUGCCUGCCCGACAUGUCAGCCGAAGUGCGGCUGAGGCGGCUUCAGCAGCUGGUGCUGGACCCCAGCUUCCUGGGGCUGGAGCCCCUGCUCGACCUUCUCCUGGGCGUCCACCAGGAGCUGGGCGCGUCCGACCUGGCCCAGGACAAGUAUGUGGCCGACUUCUUGGAGUGGGUGGAGCCCAUCGCGGAGAGGCUUAAGGAGGCCCGACUGCAGAGGGAUGACUUCGAGAUUCUGAAGGUGAUCGGACGCGGGGCGUUCAGCGAGGUGGCGGUGGUGAAGAUGAAGCAGACGGGCCAGGUGUACGCCAUGAAGAUCAUGAAUAAGUGGGACAUGCUGAAGAGAGGCGAGGUGUCGUGCUUCCGCGAAGAGAGGGAUGUGUUGGUGAACGGGGACCAGCGCUGGAUCACGCAGCUGCACUUCGCCUUCCAGGACGAGAACUACCUGUACCUGGUCAUGGAGUACUACGUGGGCGGGGACCUGCUAACGCUGCUGAGCAAGUUUGGGGAGCGGAUCCCGGCCGAGAUGGCGCGCUUCUACCUGGCCGAGAUUGUCAUGGCCAUAGACUCGGUGCACCGGCUGGGCUACGUGCACAGGGACAUCAAACCGGACAACAUCCUGCUGGACCGCUGCGGCCACAUCCGCUUGGCCGACUUUGGCUCCUGCCUCAAGUUGCGGGCGGAUGGAACGGUGCGGUCACUGGUGGCUGUGGGCACCCCGGACUACUUGUCUCCCGAGAUCCUGCAGGCCGUGGGCGGUGGGCCCGGGACUGGCAGCUACGGGCCCGAGUGUGACUGGUGGGCGCUGGGCGUGCUCGCCUAUGAAAUGUUCUAUGGGCAGACGCCCUUCUACGCCGACUCCACGGCUGAGACCUACGGCAAGAUCGUGCACUACAAGGAGCACCUGUCUCUACCGCUGGCAGACGCAGGAGUCCCCGACGAGGUUCGCGAUCUCAUCCAGCAGCUGCUGUGUCCCCCCGAGACGCGCCUGGGCCGGAAUGGAGCAGGCGAUUUCCAGAAGCAUCCUUUCUUCUUUGGCCUUGACUGGGACAGCCUCCGAGACAGCGCGCCCCCCUUUACGCCGGAUUUCGAGGGUGCCACAGACACAUGCAACUUCGAUGUGGUGGAAGACGGGCUCACUGCCAUGGUGAGCGGGGGCGGGGAGACGCUGUCGGAUAUGCAGGAAGGCACGCCACUGGGGGUCCACCUGCCUUUCGUGGGCUACUCCUCCUAUUCCUGCAUGGCCCUUGGGGAUGAUGAGAUCCCGGGCUCCACGCCCAUGGAACUGGAGGCCGAGGCGCUGCCUGAGCCAUUGCAAGAGCCCAGCCUGGAACCCACGGUGGCCCCACCAGAGGAAGCGGCUGAAGCGGCAGUUCCGGAGGCCAUUCCGGAGGCGGUGGCAGAGGCCCAGGUGACGCUGCGGGAACUCCAGGAGGCCCUGGAGGAGGAGGUGCUCACCCGACAGAGCCUGAGCCAGGAGCUGGAGGCCAUCCGAACGGCCAACCAGAACUUCGCCAGCCAACUCCGCGAGGCCGAGGCCCGUAACCGAGACCUGGAGGCGCACGUCCGGCAGCUGCAGGAGCGGAUGGAGUUGCUUCAGGCCGGGGGAGCCGCAGCUGUCACGGGGGUCCCCAGUCCCCGGGCCACGGAUCCACCUUCCCAUGUAAGACCCCUCUUUUUCCCCUGCGUCAAGCCUGCUGCCCCCUUUGCAGACUCUGUCCCCAUCUCACCGUACCCCUGUCCAGACUUAGAGGCUCACCCCUACCUCUUUGAGGUUCCAGUCAGCAGACACCCUCCAUUCAUGCCCAAAUCUACCAGAUCUCCCUCGGUUCAGGCCUCUCCCCAAAUCCCAUCCAGGAUCUCCCUAGAUGACCUCCCCGACCUCGACUCCCCUCUCUGUCUCUUGCACCCCGCCGAGGGCGGCCGUGCCGAGCUGGGCUCGGAUCGGGUCACCUGUCCCUUCUCUCUCCAGCUAGAUGGCCCCCCGGCCGUGGCUCUGGGCCAGUGCCCGCUGGUGGGGCCAGGCCCCAUGCACCGCCGCCACCUGCUGCUCCCUGCCAGGGUCCCUAGGCCUGGCCUAUCGGAGGCGCGUUCCUUGCUCCUGUUCGCCUCUGCUCUGGCUGGUGCCGCCGCCCUGGGCUGCAUUGGGUUGGUGGCCUGCGCCGGCUAUCUUGCCACAGUCUGACCCCGCCCGGGAGCCGCCUUCGCCGCCUGAACCCUAGAACCCGAGCCUGUCCUCCACUUGGGCUCCGCCGGAGGGUUUGGUGACCCAGGCACGGCCCAGAAGCCACUCCCACCGCCCCCCAGUUCACAGCACUCCGAGCGUGGGUUUCCGCCCCAGCUCCAGCCCUGUGAUCCGGGCCCGCCCCCUGGCGGCCGGGGAGGGAGGAGCCGGGGCCGCGGCUCCAGGGAGGCUUGUAGCCGGGAAUGCUGCUGCUGCUGCUGCUGGGGGGAUCGCGGACCUCUUCCUUUCUCCGGCCUAGCUGAGGCAUCCCACGUGGAUGGGCAAGCUGCGACCUAGAGAAGGCAGCAGGGCCAGGGCUCGGCAUCUGUCUUUCACCCUCCAGGCACCCCCACCCACAUCGGCUUGCAAACCACAAAUCCUCCUUGUGCAUGAGGCCCUGCCCUCCCGGGAAGACUCUCUUGCCGCGGUGAACGUCUAGCGCGAGCUCCGCCUUUACCUUUUGACAGCCCCGCUUUUUUCGGGGACUCUCGCGCCCUCCUCACGUGCGCUGUUCUCGGAGCCACAGCCGGCUCCGCCCGCCUCGGCAGUAUGGGUAUUUAUUGACCUUUCCUCCGACCCGCUGACAGGCUCCAGGACCCCAGCACCCUAAUCCACAUUUUGGAUGCACUGAGACCCCGACAUUCCUCGGUAUUUAUUGUCUUUCCCCACCUAGGACCCCACCCCCGAUCCUCGCGAAUAAAAGGCCCUCUCGUCUGCCCAAAAUUCUGAAAUUC